AUGGUCGCCUCUCCCUGGACUCUCCCUGCACGUCCCAGUUCAUCCCAGCACGUCCCAGCACGUCCCAGUUCGUCCCAGUUCAUCCCAGCACGUCCCAGUUCGUCCCAGCACAUCCCAGCACGUCCCAGUUCAUCCCAGUUCAUCCCAGCCCAUCCCAGCCCAUCCCAGCCCAUCCCAGCACGUCCCAGUUCGUCCCAGCACGUCCCAGUUCGUCCCAGCACAUCCCAGCACGUCCCAGCCCAUCCCAGUUCGUCCCAGCCCAUCCCAGCAGGUCCCAGCCCAUCCCAGCAGGUCCCAGCCCAUCCCAGCAGGUCCCAGCACGUCCCAGUUCAUCCCAGUUCAUCCCAGCACAUCCCAGCACGUCCCAGCACAUCCCAGUUCAUCCCAGCCCAUCCCAGCAGGUCCCAGCACAUCCCAGCCCGUCCCAGCACAUCCCAACACGUCCCAGCUCGUCCCAGCACGUCCCAGCACGUCCCAGUUCGUCCCAGCACAUCCCAGCACGUCCCAGUUCAUCCCAGUUCAUCCCAGUUCAUCCCAGCCCAUCCCAGCCCAUCCCAGCACGUCCCAGUUCGUCCCAGCACGUCCCAGUUCGUCCCAGCACAUCCCAGCACGUCCCAGCCCAUCCCAGUUCGUCCCAGCCCAUCCCAGCAGGUCCCAGCCCAUCCCAGCAGGUCCCAGCCCAUCCCAGCAGGUCCCAGCCCAUCCCAGCAGGUCCCAGCCCAUCCCAGCACGUCCCAGCACGUCCCAGCACGUCCCAGUUCGUCCCAGUUCGUCCCAGCCCAUCCCAGCCCAUCCCAGCCCAUCCCAGCACGUCCCAGCAGAGCCCCAGAGCUGCUGAGGAUGAGGAGCUGGGUGUGCAUCAGCACUGUGCAAUUGUGGGGGUGACCCCAAAACUUGGUCAGGAGUUGCUGGGUCCUCUCUGUGGGGCAGAGACCCCAAAACUUGGUCAGGAGUUGCUGGGUCCUCCCUGUGGAGCAGAGACCCCAAAAUUUGGUCAGGAAUUGCUCUGCCCUUUCUGGACCAGAACAAUCCCCACUCCCCUGAGUUCUCCCUUUGGAGCAAGAGCCCAAAAUUUGGUCAGGAAUUGCUUCUGACCUUUUUGGACCAGCACAGUCCUCAUUCCUCUGGAGAGCAGAGACCCCAGAAUUUGAUCAGGAGUUUCUCCUGCCCUUCCUGGACCAGCAAAAUCCUCACU